AUGAUGAAUUCAACUAAAUCAAAGACAAUGACAAUGAGUUCGACAACAACAACAACUACAACAACUACAUCUACACCUAAGCUUAAUAUUCAAACUUCGAAGAGUAGUAAUAAUACUCAAAAAGAUGCAAGUAUAAAGAUGAUAGAUAGAUAUAAAGAAUCAUCAAAUAAAGAGAAACUUAUUGGUACCGAAAAGUUAAAGAUAAAUAAUAAACCAAUAUCUAAAUCGAAUAUUAAUAAUAAUAAUAAUAAUAGUAAGAAUCCGAAUCAGAGAAAUACAAAUAGUAAUAGUACAAAUAAUACAAAUACAAAUAAUAGUAAAAAGAAAGUUAAUGUUAUCAAAAAGAAGAAAUCAUCAACAUCCAAUGUAAAUAGUAAUAAUAAUAGUAAUAAUAAAUAUAAUACAACUAUGUAUGAAUUUAUUGUUGCAAAAACCAAUAGUAUACCUAUAAAUCAACCAUAUCAACAAUUGAAACAACAACAACAAUUGGAACAAAUAAAAGAUCAACAAAAUAUUGAUAGUUUAGAUAAAGUUGAAACAGAAAGAGAAAUAGAAGAAUCAUCAUUAAAUGCAAAAGAAGAAGAGACAACAACAACUACCACUACUACCACUACAACUACUACAUCUUCAAAUAAUACUACUUCUACCACACCAAAUAAUGUUGGUGUCAAUAGUGAGGUUGCUGUUGCUGUUGUUCAAGAAUAUAUGAAUCAAGUUUGUACAAAGGAGAUUGAUGAUACUGCCAGAGAGUUCAUUGUGAAGAUCAAACAGUUUCAAGAUAACUAUGCAUUGAAGAAUCCCGAUAAACCAAAGAAGAGAUUCAUUACGGGACUUCGUGAGAUUGAGAGAGCUGCCGAUUGUGGAAAGUUGUCUGCUGUCAUCAUUGCUCCAAACAUAGAGGAUAUCAACUGUCCGGGUGGUCUCAACGAAUCGAUCAAGUCCAUCAUCAGACUCUGUAGAUCUAAACAGCUGCUCUAUACAUUUGCACUCAGCCGAAGAAUCAUUGGUCGACUUAUCAACGUGCACAUCAAAGUCAGUGCAUUCGGCAUUCUAUUCCACGACGGUGCAGAGGAUAUCUACAACAGACUCUCGAAACUGACACUUGCAUCAAGAGAUACAUUUAGAAAACAACAACAACAAGUUCAACAACUUGAAAAACAAAUACAAUCAUUGGAUAUUACAACGACAACGACAACAACAUCAUCAUCAUUAUCAUUAUCAUCAACAUUAUUGCAAAAUGAUGAAAAGAAAGAGGUUUAUGAUAUGUUUGUUAAGGCAACCAAUGAGAAGAAACAGAAUCAUAAGGAAUUACUGGCGCAACAACAGAAGCAGAAACAAGAACGAUUGGAAUUGGAGGAGAAAGAGAUUGAAAAGAAAAAGCAGCAACACAGACAACAGCUACAACAGUUGAAGGAAAACAAACAGCUACAACAAAAACAACAAAAGAAACAACAGCUUUUAGGUGAGGAAAAAGAAAAAGAAAAACCGAUCAAACAACAGCAACAACAACCAUCAAAGAAGUCACAACAAUCAAAAGAUAACAACAAAAUAGUUAAUGAAAAAGUAGAUGUAUCCGAGCAGUUACUAUAUAAUAAUACAGAGCAACAACAACAACAACAAAAUCAUCAAAAAUCAAAUAGUAACAACAGUAACAAGAAUAAGAAAUUACAAAAUACAAAGAAAUAG